AUGAAGGCUGUUCUCCCUGCGAGACUCUCACCGGCAACAUGCCGUGUACGACUUUCUACCCCGCUCCUCCGCUCAUGUAGGCAACCACCACGGUACCAGACGCGGGGGGUCGUCUCCAUGGCGUCCAUGAGCCCCAAGAAACGGGAAGGAGACAUCUCAGAUGCUUUUGCCUCCAUGUCUGGCAAGGCCCCAGAGCCUCUUCCAGAUCGUUAUCGCCAACUCAAACUCAGACUGGUCCAAGGCCAUGAGGAGGCUGUCAUCGCCAGCUGGAAGCGGCUCCUCAGCGUCCUGCAGCGUGAGAACGAGGUCAUCGCACAACGUGGUCCUUCUAUCGUGCCCGAGAUACGCUUCAGCCAUCUUGAAGAAGACCUCGCCGCCUCGAAACCAGAGCUCAAGAAACAAGGUGUAGCUGUCAUAAAGGGUGUGAUACCCGAGGAUGAAGCCAGAGCGUACAAGUACGAAAUUGAGGAAUAUGUCCGCCAAAAUCCACAUACCAAAGACCAUCCCCAAGUCCUCGAGCUGUACUGGUCCAGCACCCAAGCCCGCGCCAGAUUCCACCCCUCCCUCCUCAAGGCGCAAACCACCCUCAUGUCCUCCCUCUGGCACGCCUCUAAUCCGAGCACACCCAUCUCCCUAUCCACCCCUCUCUGCUACGCCGACCGCCUCCGCAUACGCCAACCAGGCGACGCCCAAUUCGCCCUGGGUCCCCACCAAGACGGCGGCAGCGUCGAACGUUGGGAGGAAAACGGCUACGGCCUCGGCGGUAUCUACAACCCCAUCUUCCGCGGUGACUGGGAGAGCUACGACCCCUUUGAUGCCAGCGGCAGAUUGAACGCCGUGACAAACUUGCACGAUGGCCUCGGAGCGUGCAGUAUGUUCCGGACAUUUCAGGGGUGGCUCUCCAUGAGCAAGUCAGGGCCUGGAGAAGGGACACUGCUUGUCAACCCUCUAGUGAGGGAAACAGCUGUGUACACUUUGCUAAGGCCAUUCUUCAGGGAUAUCAAGACACUAAACCAGCUUGGCGGUGACAAGAGGAGGCAUCUGGAGGUAGACAACUGGGAGUUUACUGGCGGAGAAAAGAUGACCAGUGAUUUACAAGGUGCGUCUCCGGGACAUGGCCAGGAGUUCCCGGAGGGGUUACACCCGCAUUUGGAGCUGGAGAGGACGAUGGUGCAUGUUCCCGAGGUAAGGCCGGGGGAUUAUGUUGUUUGGCAUUGUGACACAAUCCACGCCGUUGACAAAACCCACAACGGCCACGGCGACUCAAGCGUCAUGUACAUCCCCAUCUGCCCCACCACCGAAGCAAGCGCACAAUACGUUGCCCGCCAAAGAGCCGCCUUUCUCGAGGGUACUCCGGCCCCUGACUUCCCCGGCGGUGAAGGCGAGUCCCGUCAUAUCGGCCGGCCGACUGAAGAUUAUGUCAUGAGGUUUUGUGAUCCAGCGGGGGUUCAAUCACUGGGAUUAGACAAGCUGGUUGCCUUGGAGGGGGAUACCCCCGGUGGAAAGGAAGCCGUUAGAUUAGCUAACCAAGCGCUGGGGUUUAUUUGA